AUGGCCUCCCGUGUCCUUGUCUCUGGUCUCCCCCGGUCUCUCCCUCCCCUACCUCUGGGGCUUGCCCCUACCUGCGGACACGAGCGUUACUUCCUGUUGGUGGUUGACGACUACUCGCGUUACACCACAAUCUUCCCCUUGCGCAGCAAGGGUGACGUCACUGAGGGCAUCCGCCAGACCAUCACGCUUCCGGCCUCUUCACAACAAAAUGGGAUUGCUGAGCGCCGCAUUGGCAUGGUCAUGGACGUCGCUCGUACGUCCAUGACGCAUUCGGCUGCCCCCCAUUUUCUGUGGUCGUUUGCUGUUCAGUACGCAGCGCAUCAGAUCAACCUUCAGCCCCAGGUCUCCUUGCCAGAGACCUCCCCCACCUUGCGGUGGACGGGGAAGGUUCGUGAUGCGUCUGCGUUUCGGGUCUGGGGAUCUCGGGCGUUUGUUCGCGACUUGUCUGCGGACAAGCUAUCCCCCCGUGCUGUUCCCUGCGUCUUCCUUGGCUUCCCCCCUGACGCGCCUGGGUGGCAGUUUUACCACCCCACCUAG